AUGGCCAAUGCCAAACGAGGAGGAUAUCGACAAAUCAACCAAGCACUCAACAUAUGUGCUUGGGAGGGUUAUUUAGAUGAGCAGCACGCCCGGCUGCCGGCUCUUGAGGAUGUCGAACAAAUCAGCCCCCGCGUGCUGCGGGUUCUGGGCCAGAAUGAAGGCAAGUUUACGCUUCAAGGCACCAAUACCUAUAUAGUCGGUACCGGCCGCCAACGUUUGAUCAUCGACACGGGGCAGGGGAUUCCUGAAUGGGCCAGCCUAAUCGCGUCUACCUUGGCAGACUCCUCGAUCGAGCUGUCUCAUGUCCUGCUCACUCACUGGCAUGGUGAUCACACAGGGGGAGUUCCGGAUCUUCUCCGAUUAUACCCUUACCUGUCUGAUUCUAUCUACAAACACAGUCCUGGAAAAGGCCAGCAGCCGAUUUCAGAUGGGCAGGUUUUCAAGGUGGAAGGGGCUACUGUCCGAGCUGUACACUCUCCAGGCCACUCGCACGAUCAUAUGUGCUUCAUUCUCGAAGAGGAAAAUGCCAUGUUCACAGGGGACAACGUCCUUGGCCAUGGGAGCAGUGCGGUCGAGGUGCUGAGCACCUGGAUGUCCUCGCUAAGAAUGAUGCAAUCUCUCCGCUGUGCGGUGGGCUAUCCGGCUCACGGCACAGUGAUACGCGACCUGCCAGCCAAGCUGGACCUGGAGCUAACGCAGAAGGCCCGCCGUGAGGACAGGGUUGUAGAGACAUUAAAGCAGAUGAAAACAGAGGACCAACGUAACGGAGAACGGGGAAAAGGUAGUGUCACUGUCCAGCAGCUAGUGACGGCGAUGCAUGGAAAUGACCUGGACGAGCAGAUGCGGACAAUGGCAUUGGAGCCAUUUGUCGACGAGGUUCUGCGGAAGCUGGCACAGGAUGACCGGGUGGCUUUUGAGGUCAGAGGAGGCCAGAAAAAGUGGUUUGCAAUCGAAUACACAUAA